AUGACUAACAUUUAUAACGGCCAGCUCAGCUUACACCUCCUGACACCUGAUCAACUACGCCAAGAACUAAACACUAUUUCAACUAAAAUAUCGAAAGACUUAUCACUACCUUUUGAGAACAUAAGUUUACCUAAUAUUUAUCAUUUAUUAAAGGUAAAAGCUAGAAUGUCAACAAACUACCUAUUAUUUGAAACUAAAAUACCUCUAGUUCACCGAGAUACCUACGAAAUUCAUAAAAUCAUCGCCGUACCACGUUUAGUAAAUAAUAAUAUUAUGAUUUAUAUAAAACCCGUAUCUAGUUUCCUAGCUAUUAAUUUACAGAAAGAGUCUCUGUUGCCUAUAACUGAAAGUGAAUUAAAAUCGUGUCUGCAGCAAGAGUCAGGCACUCUUUUAUGUAAGACCAAGUCUCCGGUGUACACCCUGAAGGACGAUGAAAGUCUUUGUGAAAGGGAUGCAGCCACCGGAAGAUGCAGAAUUUAUGAGGAACCGUGCCAAUCACAGUGGCAUGAAUUAAAUCAAGUGAAUACUUACUUUUAUUUUUAUUGUAAACAACAGAACGUAAAAAUACUAUGCGACGAUCAAGUUUCAUCGUUACCGUUAUUGUAUUCUGGCUUAUUGACAAUAAAUGACGGAUGUAUACUGAAGUUCAAGGACUUCACUGUGUAUACUCAUAAACAAGAAAUGAGUACUUUGCACUUCAAAGCCGAUAUUAUUGCUCCAAAGUUAUCUCCGAUAAACUACUUUUUUAAUAUAUCGGUUCCAACCCUCGGUGCUACUAACGCAAGCGACAAAGACGACGUCAGCGAGCAUUCGAAGCGGCUAAUGCAGCUGCAGGAGCAGAUCGAAGAGAUGAAGCAGACUGUUCCGUUGUAUGACAGCGUUAGCAGCCACGACAUUCAUCAUUAUACGGCAACCUACAUCAUCGUUGCCGUGGCUACCGUCGGGAUAGCUAUUUGGGGAUCGCGCAAGAUCCUCCGCAGGCGGUCGGCGCAGGCGGCGGCGGAGCGCACGGAGCGGCCGACGCUGGCCACCCCGCGGCCGGCGGCAGCUCGGCGGCGGCCGCCCUCCUCCACAACGGUUAUUGACCAACAGUGUGUGUGGUGCGAGUGA